GGUGUCGUCCGUGCACGGUAUCUCUCAUCCGAUCUGAUCGCGAAAGUCCGCUGUGCCAUCGUCAGAUUUCGCCUCUCGAUCCGGUCGAUCUCGUCGUGAAUUCGCGUCCGUGUGUUACGGGCGAGCGAAAGCCUCGCUGGAUCGGCAGUGAAGCAAGCCAGUCUCGCGGAUGGAAUUACGCGAGAGUGCAACCGUGCUCGACCCGUCCCGUCUGUAAGACGGGAACGUCUCAAGGAACAAACGACGUCCCGUGUGUCCCGAUCUCCAACAUAUCGACGGUCAUCUCGGUUCGAAUCGACUCCCUCCUUGAACUGAGCCGCACGGGCUGCUCUCUCGUCGGAGUCUGCAACUCCGUGCGUGAAUAGCUAGCCCGCAUUCGGAUUCGGAGCUGAUCCGAUCCGUAAGGAUUCCUCGACGGAAAUAAAAGCGGUGCGGCGCGGGGGUGUGCGACGGGGGCUGCACGAUGAUAUUUUCAUUGAGGGGACAUGCCAGAAGUGAUGUCGUCAUGCAUCAGUGCGUCGGGCAAUAGGUCCCGAAAGGUCACGUCGCGAUACUCGUGACCGAGCUCGAGAAGCUCGGGCGCACUCAUGUGCCCGACACAUUUGACGUGACGCGAAGAUAGCGAGUUUCAUUGCCUGCCACGACGAUUGUCAGAUUGCCCCGACGAUAUUGCGGAGUCGCUGAUUUUCAUCGUUGCGUUGCUGUUGUUGUUCUUAUUGUUGUCGUUGUCGUUGCUAGUGUCGGGCAAUGGUCCACUGGUAAAACAGAAACUACUCAUCCUUGGACUCAUCAUCGGACACGACUCAUCUCAGCUAUUAUGGUUGUAGCCAGCAACGGUGGGUGGGUACAAAAUGCCAGCUCGCCCGCUGGACUGAACAAUUCCAACGUGAAUCAAAACAACGCACAAAACAACAAGAUGCCGGCCGCAAAAGGUAUCCUGAUCUGCCGGGAUAAUUCUCAUCCCUUCCAAGAGCGUACGCUGACGUUGGAGCAGCCAGUAAAGAUCGGUCGCUCGGUGGCCAGAGCGAGAGCCGCGCCAAACAAUGCAAUUUUCGACUGCAAAGUACUGUCUAGGAACCACGCAUUGUUAUGGUACUCGUCCGGUAAGUUUUAUCUGCAGGACACGUGCAGCAGUAACGGGACGUUCAUCAACAAUCAGAGACUCAGUCCCUCAGGCUUGGAAUCAACGCCGAAGGAGGUGUGUUCCGGCGACAUAGUGCAAUUCGGAGUAGAUGUUGUAGAAAGUACAAAGAAAGUCACCCAUGGAUGUAUAGUCGCGACGUUGAAGCUGUAUUUACCAGAUGGUAAGGAGGCAAAGGCCAGUCUCAGCACUUCUGUCAGUUCGCCUGCUGGGAAUAUAUCUCUCGAGGAUCUCUAUAAACUCAAUCAAGUGAUGCAAGAAGCUUCGAGGCGCGAGAAGGCCUUGUACUCGAAGCUAGGCUACUUGCAACAGCUAGUAGAAAAUACUCGUAAGGCCGCUAACCAGUCGUGGAAGGCGCUCAUCACGGAGGAUCGUCUGUUGUCCUGGGUAGUGACCGUUGAGAACCAGUUGGCGGUAUAUUCUAAGAACUAUACCGAGGACAAAGUCAGAAACGAGUUAGCGAAGCUUCAAGAUGAGAAGGCGCAGUACCAGAACGCUGCCAAGGAAGCGUUACAGAAGGUUCUGCAGGAGAAACUGGAGGUCACUCAGAGAUUGGUGCAAUUGGAGGGACGUCUGAACGAGACGGAGGAGGAAUGUCAAAGUUUGCAUAACGUAGCCAAGUAUACUCAAACUGAAUUACAGGAGCUCAGCACAAAGUACACGGAGACGCAGAAGAAGCUGCACGAGACCACGAAUAAACUCAUGGAGAGCGAGGAGAAGGUGAAGGAUGUCCUACUCAGCUUGGAGCAGGAGAAGCGAGAUCUCAGCAAACGACUCGAGGAUCAGUCAAGAAUCGAGAAGAACCUGCGGGCGAGAUUGCGCGAUUCUCGAUUAGAUUCCGUCAAUAUAUAUAAGCAAAUUACUGCCCUGAGAAAUUACACGCAAACUCUGCAGGAUAUGCAUUUAAAGCUGGAAGUAGGAGAGAAUGUUGAUUCGAAAGGCGGAGAGGAUCCCAUAGAGGCUAUAAACACUAUUCUCAACAAAUUGAACUCUAUUCAUGUCGAUAAUAUCGAGAUGGACAGUGAGAUCAAUUUUUAUCUUUCCAAGAGCGAGCAGGAUAAUCAGAGCAGUUCGCCAGACAUAGAUGCGAAGCAACUGAAGUCUACCAACAUGGACUCACUCUUUACCAAAGAUCAGCUGGAUGAUUCAGAGGUGACAGUCGACAACGACAGUCUCCUAGAAUAUAUCUUGCCACCACCGUCACUUACAUCGUCCAGAAGAACCUUAAUCAACGGCAACCUCGCCAAUUUAGACAGUGACGCUAACGCGGAUUCUGAUACGGGCUCAGAAGCGACCGACGAAACGUGCAGCAUCACGCACGAGCACGAUGGAAUCGAGAAAUCCGUCACAGAGAAUAAGAAGGAGGAGUUGGAUUCGGAACAAGUAUUUAAACGGACCUCGUUACCCUGUAAGAUGGAGGUGCGAUUUGCCAAUGCUGAAAACAUUAAAACAGAGAUGUAUCGCGAGCCAGAGGAAGAAAUUACCAAAGAUGACAAUAUCACUGAAAUUUUGACGAGAGAGAUGAUCGAUGCAGGAGAUGCUGUCGUCGAUGUCACAAUGGAGAAGAAUCAGCAGUAUCGAAUGGAGGACGAUCAAGCGGCAGGACACGUCCCACCCAUAGAGAACGAGGAAGAUGAGGAACGUGCGGAAAGAGAUUACGUCAAGACUUUGAAACCUGUCAUCAAAAACGACACGCAACAGGCUCUCCAUUCCAGAGACUAUAUACUGCAGACAUUUAUUAACUCUUUAGAUUCGUUAAGGAGCGAAGAUACUUUGGAGUCGCAGCAGAUUGUUAAGAAAGAAUUGGAGGAGUUGAAGGACUGGCUGAUUCGAGAGUCGAACGAGAACAUCAUCGGCAGAUUGAAGGAGCUAUAUUAUCGCGCGAAGAACGAGGCACAACGGAUGCAGGAGGUCAACGAGGAGUUGGUUAUAGUGAAAGAAAAAUAUAACGCAUUCGUCGAGGAGAAAGCGGAACUGUCGAAAAAAUACAUGUCUCUGAAGGCGCAGUGUGGUGAUUUGCUGAACGCGACUUACACCGUGCCGAUACAUUACGUGGUGCCAAUCGUGAUUAUGCUAGUGUGGAUGCUGUUGGAGAAGAUAUUCUAAUAUAUUUCGCCCACGUCGGAUGUUUUCCUUUUUUGUUUCUUAUAUGUACAUAUAGCUGCGACAAGCAUUCUAUCUUCUCGUAAUUCUUUUUUCUCUUUCCUCCAUACGAUAAUAUAAUUCAGAUGUAAUUAAAAUUGUUUUUAGCGUUAAUCUCGUUCUUGUUAGGCUUCUUGUUCUUGUUUCGAUUCUAUUAAUACGCAUAAUUCUCGCGCAAUGCAAUUUAAUGUUUUUUAUACCGGAUAACAUAAACGAUUAAAAAUUGUACAUAUAUAUAUAUACAUACAUACAUACAUACAUAUAUAUAAAUAUAAUAUAUUUGUUUAAUUUCUCAAUUCGAAUCGAGAAUAAUAGGGAUUUUCUCAUAAUAAGUUGUGAUGUUGAGCAAGAUCACGUCAUGUUAUAAAGAGGAGCAAGAUCAAAGAUCGACGAAAAAAACGUUUUCUGAAUAUGUACAUUGAACACGCACGAACUGGAUUCACGUCGUUCUCUCCGCAGGAGACUAACUAUAGCAGGAGAAAAUGUAGAUACGAUACCACGUAAAAUGUUCAACAUGCUACCAAGCUGCUGAGUAUCAUAUCAUAUUUCAUAUGCAUAUUUCAUUGUACGUUUGUUCAUUUAAACGAUAUAUCUUCGUAGCAUAUUUUUAAAGAUUAAAUGUAUCCUUUGCGCUGCGAGUAGAAUUUACGAGGAAAUUUUCGCGUAAAUAUAUAUAUACAUAUACAUAUACAUAUAUAUAUAUGUAUAUAUAUCAGAGCACCCCCAUUUGCGAUUGUUCAAAAGCACUUUUUUUAUUCGCAUUUGUAUAUAAAUAAUUAGAAAUAAUCAGAAAGUGAGAAUUCACAGAAUGGUACACAUUCAAAUAUAUACACUGUAUUCGAGUUAAGUAACACGCUUUUUUCAAACGCUCUGAGGGCGACUUAGAAAGUUAGGAGCAUUUUUGUGUGCGUAUGCGUGUAUGUCUGGGUAUGCUUAUGCAUGCAUGUGUACGUGUAUAUGCGUGCAUGCAAGUGCGCGCGUAUGAAUAUGAGUGAGUGAUUAAGAGAGAGAGAGAAGGAGAGGGGGAUCGAUCGCCACGCUCACAUAUAUUAGCAUGUGUAUAUUAUAUGUUACAGCGUUAUUCUCACGUCUUUUCUAAUCAUAAGUCCAUUAUUAUCGAGCGAAAGUUAAUUGCGAAACAUAAUGCGAUGGAUUUUUAGAUCCUUCGACUUCAUUGCACAUUGACAUUUAAUUAGUCAUCAGUUUUUCUCAUCGUAUAGCAUGACAAUAUGAGAGCAUAUCUAUCGAGCGACCUAAUAAACGAUUAGGGAAUCUACAAUACUUCUUAAAUACGAACUUCCCAUUACUCACGCCAGUCGAUCCUACCUUGGAAUGGCCUUGCGACAUCAACCUGUAUUUAAAGACACAGAAGGGGAAAAUAGGAGAUCCAAUAAUCAUAGUUUUCUAUUAACUUCUUUUGAUACAAACGUAACGUAAAGUCGACAGUAUUUUCUUAAUUCAUUAGUUUAGUUAGAGAGUGCCAUCGCUCGCAGUACACGCGCGCGCGUCUAUUUCUAUCGCAUUAAAUAACGAAUCAUUGUGUGUCAAGAUAAGCGAGGACGUGAUAUUUUCCAAAAAAGUACGCCGCGAGAUUGUCAGGCGAGUUUACUUUCUUGGCAGAUUAAGCGUAUAUAUCAGAUUAUCGAAUUAAAUACGGUAAAUAAAUGCUGUACAUAGUACUGUUGAUAUAAUCUUACUACUGAUGUGUAAUAGUCAUCAUUAUAUAAAAAGGGAAAAAUAAAGAUAAAAAGUAACUUAAAUUAAAACCU